AUGGCCUGCUCACACCAUGGUAAAGAUAGAAACUUGGCGUGUUUAUCCUGUAAAACUAUUGUCUGCAGCACAUGUAUUGACGAACAAUACCACGAUGGACAUAUUUUUCGCUCACUGGAAAAUGUUGCCGAGACUGUUAUUAACAAUCUUACAAAAUCAUUUGAUAGUUCACUAAAUAACAAACUAGAAACAGACCUUAACGAAGUUUGUGUUAGACUCCAGGAGGAAGAAACAGGUUUUGACAAAACUAAACAAGACCUUCUCAGAAGACGGGAUCAGCUAGGACAACUAUUGGAUGCAGUUACUAAGAAUUUUACAAAGCAACUUGAAAAGCAGCGUGAAUUAACAUUAGCGGAACUAAGUAAGUUCAAACGACAAACCGAAGAAAACUUGCUGAAGGUUAAAGACUUUACAGAUCGAAUAACGAGACUUCGGUUGUGUGACAACUUGUCGGAGGUUAUAGUACAAGGAUGGACAAUAACAGUCCCAGAAAUUGUGCAACUGGAUUUUCCAAAGACAAACAAGCUUGAAUUUAUUACAGACACCUCUGGAAAUACAGACAACAUAGAAACGUUUUUCGGAGAGGUUGUACAGCGGGACGUGCAUGGUCAGGAUACGUUUUAUCCGAAUGGGGGAAGUCCACGUCCCUAUAGCCCAUCUGAUGCAAUAAGUGUAUGUACUCUGGAUCUAUAUGGGGAUGGUCCAGAGAGAGACAUGUCUCUUGCGACAUUACCAGAGGCCCCAACAGACAUUUCCACGGAACUGAAAUAUACACAUAGUUCCAAAAGUAUCAAGUGCGAUAUCAAUCUGACACCAACUUGUAGCUUCAACGUGUCUUCGGCUGCGUUUGCAAUGCGUCCAGCUGCGGACGGAAACGUCUGGCUUAAGUGCUACAAAAAGGAUAAUAUUAAACUUGUCGGACGGAAUGGGGUUCUAAAACACUGUGUUCCUUGCAACACAACGGUAUCUGAUAUUCUAGUGUCACCGAUAACAAACCAAGUCUUGAUUUCAUGUCCUUCAAAAAAGUGUAUCAAACGAGUGGAACUUAAGCAAGACAAACAAUUCCAUGCAACCACUACAGUCAUUCGUACAGAUCCACUGGCGCCCAAUAACAUGUGUUCAACUAUGAACGGAGAUAUACUUGUGACAAUGACAAACAAGACAUCUUUAGCUGAUCAACCGAAUACAACAUCAGUACUAGUGAAAUACAGUAGCAAAGGCAAGGAACUGACUCGUGUCCAUAAGGACAUCAAUGGUCGUGACAUAUUUCAUAUACCGUGUAAUAUUGGCAUCAGCAACAGUGGAAAGGUGGCCAUUAUCAAUGGAACUGCAAAGUUUAAGGGUCAUUUAGUACUUUUAGAUAGUGAACUAAAGCUUGAACGUCGCUGUAUUGGUUUUGGAGUAAUCAUCAGUGCCGAGGAAGAGAUGCCUGAGCUACCAGACAGGUUUUGUGUGAACGAUGUGCUGUUUAAUGAUAGCAAUCUUAUUCUUAUCGCCGAAUACCACUCAAAAACUGUGCAAUUGCUAGAUCCGGGUUGUGUGCCACUGAAGGUGUUGAUGACUGGUUGUCAGCCUGCACCGAGAUCAAUGGCAGUUGAUAAUGAUGGCAAUGUAUGGAUGGGAUUCAAUGAUGGAACGAUCAGUGUGUAUAAAUACACAUGUGAAUUUACACCCUCAGAAACGUGACAAGUCACAAAGUAUGUCAAGUGAAGCCGGAAUAAGUAAAACCAGACAUUAACAUACUGCUGUUUUUUUAACGAUAACACUC